AUGUCUUUAGAUCCAAAUGCUUACUAUGGCACCCUACCAUCAACCACCGCCACCAGCACCGCCGCACCCUCAACGUUCUUUCGUGCCAGAGAAACGACCCAGUCCUUCUUCGCCAAGCGCCGCCCAUGGCUCGAGCUCGUCCAGCCCUUCUACAACUUCACGCGCCCGUACACCUUCGGCGACGCCACAAUCCGAAUCAAGCGCAACCUCAGCUACUUCCGCGUCAACUACACCAUGGUCGUCCUCUUCAUCCUCUUCCUCAGUCUGCUGUGGCACCCAGUCUCCUUAAUCGUCUUUCUCCUUGUCUUCGUCGCCUGGUUCUUCCUCUACUUCUUCCGCGACAACCCACUCGUCAUUUUCAACCAUAUCGUCGACGACCGUAUCGUUUUGGGCGUGCUUGGCGUUGUCACCAUCGUCGCUCUGAUUUUCACGCACGUGUGGUUGAACGUGUUGGUCUCUGUUCUAAUUGGGGUCGCAAUUGUUGCGUUACACGCAGCUUUUAGGGGUACGGAGGAUUUAUAUAACGACGAGCAAGAAGCUGCCGAAGGUGGGUUGCUUUCGGUUGUGGGCAGUCCCACGCGGCCUCGGUACUCCCGCGCUUAG